AUGGAACAACAGCGUACUUCGUCCGUUGGAGGGGACUCUCUACAUUCCCCGCUUUCUCCGCCGUCGCCUUGUGGAGGUGACCACGGAGAAAAAGCAAUCUAUCUGCACCUUAUCCGUCAUGCAGAGGGAACCCACAACAGAGGUGCCAAGGAGCGGAAACCUGGACAAAGUCGAACGAGCAUCUUUCGGUCGCCAGACCACUUUGAUGCGAGACUGUCUGCGAGGGGAAGGACGCAGUGCGCAGAGGCAGGUACUCAAAUGCCGGCGUCUCUCCGCAAGGCCAUGGCCGCUCGCCUCAGAGAAGACGAAUCGAGACACCACGAACGCCUCGAACAAGCAACGCCGACAGUGGACAAGACAAGUGACGCGACAGACAAGACAACAGGGAAAACACCGGAAAAGCUGGGCGAGAAAAUGGAGCAGCAGACAGCAGAGACGGCAGAAGCGGAGGGCGAGAGAGAACGUGGAGCAGUCAGGAGAAGCGGAGAGGACGAAGACAGAGAGGAGGGCAGAUGGAAAGUAAAGAUGGAGAGAACCUCUGUUGUACUGUGCACAUCGACCCUGCGGCGGGCGCUGGAGACAGGGCAUCUCGUCGUGCAGAGGGCCAUUGAGGACUUGAGGAAGAAGGCCGAACAGACGCAAGAGAGGCCAGGAGAGGUCGGAGGCUUCAAGGCAGAGGAAACGCUUGAGAGCGAAGAAGCCUCGCUCGUCCGUCAGACCAUUCCAACGUUCGCUCUCGAGGACCUGAGAGAAUGGAGUGGUGGGGGGCACAUAUGUGACGGCCGGCACAGCACUCGCGAACUCCGACAAUUCUGCGCGCCACGAUUCACGAAUCUCACCUUCGUUGUCGACAAAGACGAAGAUGCUCUUCCGCCGUCGAUGCCGCGCGAAUCGCGAGCGGAUGUCGAGCGUCGCUGCGUCUCUUUUCUCAACUUUGUCCUCUCUCUGGCAUCGCAGCCUUCCCCCUCUGCAUGCGCUUCUUCCUCUUCCUCGCCUUCUGGGUCGUCGUCAAGGCAAAGUGUCACGACCGGGAAAUGCGGGCAUUCUUCUUCUCCUCCUUCACCUCCUUCUUCUCCUUCGCCGUCUUCUUCGUCGCCUCUACAUGUCAUGUGUGUGGUGCACAGCGCUUGGACGCGGCACUUGCUGUCUGUGUUAGGUCUCUUCGAUCCCUCGACUCGAGGCCUGAGGAACUGCGAGUGGAGAAGCAUCACGACGUCGGUUGAAAAGCUUCGGUCGACUUUACAGAAGAUUGCCUGCGCUUCGUCCUCUUCGCGCCUUCCUUUCUCACCUCCUUCUGGCUUCCCGCUGUCUCUUCCCGCGUCUUCUUCCGGUGCGUCGUUGACUCUCCCGUGGGUUGAGUCUUCGCCAGAGUCGAGCGACGUUAUCGGCGAGAGACGGACGGUGGCCUCGCUCUCGGACUUUCUCGAUGCAGUUCCAGAAAAUCCUUUCUCGCUUCUCAUCUUCCCCCCGACUGCAGCGAUGAACGCGCUUUCCAAAGACGAGUGUGACGCAUGCACAGACCCCUCUGCCUCGAGCCCAGCCUGUCUGCGUCUUGCUCUGAAGCGCGCAGAGAACGCAAUUCUGGAUUGGUGUGCCAAGUACCAGUACGUCUCAGGAGUCGUAAAAAAAAGGAGAACACACGACGGUGGACAAGCCGCAGAGAGCGCAUGCGUAGAGGACGGCGAAGAGAAGCACACCGAGGCGGGAGAGUCCACCCUCGAGGAAAGACGAACCAGACUGGAGGACGUUAUCGAGCGCAUGCGACUCUUAGAUUCCGAAGAGGGGCGAAGGACAGAGGUUGUGACAGAUGCCACAAUAUGCUUACGACCUGUGAACGAAGACACGCAAAAUGACCGGUGGGAAGUGGUGGCGAAGGAGCGGGUGCACAGACAGACAUGCUUGCUCGUCGUUCUUCCGCGAGCUUUGCGGACGAAAGGAGACGCCGGAGACAACGUGGAGCAGAACGAGAAAGGCAACGCCGCGUCCGCGCCAAGCGCCGAAGAAGGUGCAGUUAAUGGCGCUUCUCCGGUGCUCGAAUCUCCGCUUCGAGAGUCGCGUGAAGAGGAAGAGAAAGCAGAAAGGGACAGGGAUGAAGAGAUCUACGAAAUCUGUUCGAAGAUCCUCCCCUCGACCUCAGGCGUCGAGGCGGUUCACCGACUUGACGUCCUCUGUCUCUGA